UAGAAAUCCAGCCACCUCACCAGCUUCCAAGCUCUUUCAAACCAAUACGACAUCAUCAACCUCCGAGGCAUUCCACAUCACCUAUUUCACCUUCCGAGUAGCACGCGAUCCCGCCUCUACGAUUUUGCGCUUUUCUGCCUCAGAGAUUCCUUUCGGUAUUUUUGCGACAACCUUUUUUUCUUUUCUUUUUUAAGGAAUAGUAAAUCCUCCUGCAGUUUUUAUUGGGAACAUGGCACCUCCGCCCUCUGCGAACUUGCCUCUCGGCGAGAGGCUUCUAGCUCUGGCCCAGACGUUGCAAUUCGCUUGGUUCAGCGGACAUCUUGUGCUCCUCCUGUGCAUCUUCCGAUACUCCUUCUCCGUUAUCGCUUUCAGCUACAACACUGGUUCCGCUCGGUUCACCUACCGCACAGCUUUUGUCUCCGCAGCUCUGACUUAUGGCAUCGUCGUCUACAAGACCUGGCGAGCCCGACAGAAGGUUGGCGCCAAGAACAUAGGAGUCCUUGGCCUUCUCUCUGAUGAGAACGUUCAGUAUCUUAUGCUGGCGCUAGUCUGGCUGGUGAACCCCCAGUACUCUCUUGCCAUGCUCCCGUAUGGAAUCUAUUCCGUCUUCCACGUGGCGACCUACACGCGCAACAACGUGAUUCCUACGGUUCAGCCCAACAAGGCUCCUGCCGGCACCUCUCCCGGCUCUAAGUCGCAGUCUACCAACCCUCUUGCUGAAGCUAUCGGCAACUUCGUCAAGCAGUAUUAUGAUGCGUCUAUGUCUAUCGUGUCUACUCUUGAGAUUCUCAUCUGGUUCCGACUGUUCCUGUCCGCUAUCUUCUUCCAGCGCCGCUCUUGGAUUCUUAUCGCCAUCUACACCGUCUUCCUCCGCACUCGAUUUGCCCAGAGCUCCCAUGUACAGGACUCCUUCAGAGCACUCGAGUUGCGCUUGGAUUCCUUGGUAGGUGCCCAAAGUACGCCCCCGGCCGCGCGAUCUGUUUGGGAAGCUGUGAAGACUGCUGCGCGUCAAUUCCACGACGCUACCGACAUCGGCAAGUAUGCGAAUGGAUCCGCGGUGCCUAAGAAGACAUCCUAAUGUCUGAUUCCGCAUUCCUACCCUGAAUAAGGUCGGCCAUAGUUGGACGCCUACGGUGAUACGGUGGAAGAACAAGCACGUGCCAGGCUAUGGAAGGGUUGGUUGGUAUUAAGACAUUACAUUUCCGUCACAACGCAGUUGGGAGACGGAAGGUUGCAAUGAACGAUACGGGGUAUGAUAACGUCGUUAGCAAAGAUCGCUGGAGUUCAGAAUGAGAGGUAGAAAGAACUCCGCCCAAUGAGUGAUGUGGCUUUCCUACAUCUUGAUUUGGUACACGGUAGUUGGGGCGAGAAUAGGUGACUUGUAUUGCAUCAGGCUGGGUAAUGGGCACUCUGUUAUACUUGUUUCUCAUCCCAGUUUUUAGCCAGAAACAAAUCCUUCAUCUCACGUUGUUUAAGCCUAUAAAUUUGCCCAGGUGCGUUCUUUCUGCUAAACGAAAAACUUAGGCUCUGAGUUAGUGUUGAAUUACCUCUCUUCGGAGUUCUCCAUCUCGUCGUACUGUCUAGG